AACAGUGUAUGAAUCAUAGACUGUAUAAAAUAGGCUAUGCCCCCACGGUGUGGGACAAAGUACGUCCGACGAUAUAGCAAGACAGAGUAUUAACAGUCAGUGGAUUAUCGAGAUUUAAAUGCAGAAAAGCUGUUGUGUAUUGGACUGUACAAAUAACAAAGCCAAGAACAUUGUUUUUAAGUUUUAUGUCCUCCCGUGCAAAAAGAAGGAGAAAAGUGUGGAUUAGGCCAUUGGACUCAGCGCGUGAUAGUUACUCCUUACAAUAUUCCUCCGUUAAUUAUGAGUAACCUAUCACAAAUGUGUUAUAUACAGAGAGAGGCAGGUAAACGUAAAUGAAGUGACAUGUGAGGACAAAAUUAAAACGGAGAAAGAACAGUGCGAGAAGGAGAGAGUGACGCUGGAGAAGUGGCUGAGGGCCAAAAAGGAGGAGAGGAUGAAGGAGAAGGAGGAACUGAGCGAGGCAUGGAACAGCAUGAAGAGCCUGCUGGAGAAGGUGGGGAAGAGUCUGGAAGGAGAGACGCAGACAGAGUUUGAGAGGCAGUGCAAGAAAAUGGAGAGGGCCAUGGCCUUGGACAGAGCAUGCGUGGAGCGAGAGAUGAGGAGAGAGCAGGAGUUCACAGAGAAAGAGCAGGGGUUUAACGAGGAGCGGAGGAAGCUGCAGAGGAAGAUGUCAAAGGAGAGAGAGAGCAUGGAGGGGGAGGUGAGGAGGUGCAGGGAAAAGUGCGGAAAGGAGAGGGAGUACUUUGAGAGGGAGAGGGAGCACCAGGAGAAACGGAGGGAUAUGGAGAGGAAGGAAUGGGAGAAGGAGAGAGAGCUCAUGGAGGAGGAAAUGAGAAAACUCAGGGAAAUGCAAAAGAGAGAGGUGAAGAGUGUGAAAGACGAAAUGUUUAUGGAGAGAAAGCUGUGGCAGAAGGAGAGAGAGGACAAGGAUGAGGAGGGGCAGAGAGAACGAGAACAGUGGAAAGCAGAGAGGGUGCAUUUGGAAAAUGAGUUGAAGCAAUCUGAGAAAGAGAGGAAGAAGGAGAGAAUGCACCUGGAAGCAGAAAUUAUGGGACUCAGGGAAGAGUUGGAGACGACGAAGAGCACGGCACUAGAGAAAGGGAUCGUGGGGGAGAAAUGGGAAGACGUUGAUCUGAAGGGAGAAAUGGUGAAAGCAAAGACCCUGCCAGCAUCGGUUUCAGUGGAAGUCUUCGAAGAAGAUGAUACAAAAUCCUUGAAAGGAGAGGCGGGGAAGACGGCGCUAAGAAAACUGAAGGCAAAAAAUAGGUUUUGGUCAAUGUUAUUGAGAACAAAAGAGAAAGAGGGGACAAAUGGACAGAGCAAUGAAACAAAUGGACAGAAUGAAAUGACUGAGGAGGCCUCUGGGCAGGCAACAAUGUACAGCAGUUCUGUAAUAUCUGGCCUACCAGUCAGCCGGGCACAGCGAUACUUCAAACUCUAAAACUGACUAGAUAAGCAGAAUCAGUUCUUUGGAUGUCAUAAUGGGGAUGAGGUGACCAGGUCUCCUAUCUAGCCAAGUUAACUUAAUUUUUUGACAUUACAAAUAAUGUUCUGCCAUUUUAAUAGACUGUCAGUACAAACAUCAUUUGUCUCUUUGUUUUUUUGGGGGAAUCCCCAUCUUUGGUCCAGGAACCCAGGAGGGUUCCUCAAUAAAAUGGGAAAAGUGUGUGCCCUUUAUGGUGAAGGUUCUGUUAAACAAAAAGUUCUGGGUCGGAUGAGAGAACUUCCAUGUUACAAUAAACUCUCAAUGACAUGCUAAAAAUGAGUAUAUUUGAGCAGCAAACCUAAGCUUAAACAUUGUGUAUUGUCUUAACAGAACUGGCACAAAAAAGAAAA